AUGAGAAUCUUCGGUGUCCCAUUAUUAUGCGGGACUUUGUUUUCUUAUUUUCGCAUUGUGAAGUCAUCACUCGUCACAUUUCCAUCUGUUGUCAUUCCAUUAAGCGAUAUCUUCGAUAACCAAGCUGCUUCGCUAGAUGGCACCACCGGCAACUUCGAUGGGAAUGGCGCCACAUAUGCAGCAGAGUACCUACCUGAGGGCCCGCGGUUGUAUAAUGGAAUCUCAGUGAGGAUCAUGAUGACGUUUCGUCUAUUCACUCAGCAAUCUUCAGUAUGA